AUGACUUCUUUCACCAAAUUGAACGACCAGGCUACCCCGGUCAUUUCUGUUCAUCCUUCUCGGCCGGUCUCCAAGAUUAAUCCGAACAUCUAUGCUGGCUUUACAGAGCACAUGGGAAGAUGCAUCUAUGGAGGCAUCUAUGAGCCAGGUAGUCCGCUUGCGGAUGAGAAUGGGUUCCGCAAGGAUGUGCUGGAAGCUUUGAAGGAGCUGAACAUCCCAGUCGUUCGGUAUCCCGGUGGUAAUUUUUGUGCUACCUAUCACUGGCUAGAUGGUGUUGGCCCUAAGGAUCAGCGUCCCUCUCGACCAGAACUAGCCUGGCUUGGGACUGAGACGAAUCAGUUUGGAACAGAUGAGUUCAUGAAAUGGUGCGAGGUCCUUGGGACUGAGCCUUAUCUCUGUUUCAAUUUUGGAACCGGCACACUCGAUGAAGCUCUGGGAUGGUUGGAAUACUGCAAUGGCACUGGUAACACAUACUAUGCUAAUAUGCGCCGAAAGAAUGGCCGUGAAGAGCCUUACAAUGUCAAAUACUGGGCACUUGGAAACGAAACGUGGGGACCAUGGCAAGUGGAGCAGAUGACCAAGGAAGCCUACUCUCAUAAGGCAUUACAAUGGGCGAAAGCCCUCAAAUUACUUGAUCCAAGCGUUGUUCUUAUUCUUUGUGGUCAAGACGGUACUGCUUCCUGGGACUACUACACUUUGAAGCACUGUCUCCUCCCCGCCCACUCAGCUCUCUCCACCAGUGCUGUGCCCUUAAUCGACAUGCACAGUAUCCACCUGUACACAUGUUCAUCCUCCCAUCUCCCCAACGCAACAGCUCCCCUAGCUGCGGAGCGCGCAAUCGAAAUCACAUCCUCCUUGAUCGAUCUUGCGCGGAUCGAAAAUGGAGUGCCACCCGAGCAGCUUCGCCCCACAAUUUGCUUCGACGAGUGGAAUGUUUGGGAUCCCAUCCGCGCAGAAGGAAGCCAAGGUGCCGAGGAGAGCUAUACACUGUCAGACGCAUUGGCCGUAGCCGUGUGGCUCAACGUGUUUAUUCGCAAGAGCCGUGACGUCGGCAUGGCUUGUAUUGCGCAAACCGUGAAUGUCAUUUCGCCUCUUAUGACAACCAAGGAGAAGACUAUCAAGCAGUCUACAUGGUGGCCUCUCUAUCUGUUUUCGAAAUAUAUGCGUGGCUCCACUGUUGCCUCGCAUGUUGCUUGUGGAACGUAUGAAGGUGAAACGUCGCCUAAGUGGUUGCGUGGAGCUAUGGAUACCCCUUGGCUCGAUGUUAGUGCCACCCUUGGGGAUGAUGGUUUUGCCAAUUUGGCCGUGGUAAAUAUUCACGAGGAAAAGAGCUUCGAAACUACGGUUGAAGGUAUCUCGAGUAAGGCGCAGGUUUUUACUGUUACUGGACAGGAUGUGCAGGCCUGCAAUAUGAAGGGACAGGAGGAGGUUGGUAUUCAAGAGUCCUCCUGGGAUGGAAAGGGCAGCUACACAUUCCCUAAGCAUUCUUUGACUUUGUUGAGGUGGAAGCCUGAGUAA